UAGCUUGUGCUGAUCUGUAAUGAGUAUUGAAUUAAAAGACUCAUAAGCCAUGGACGCGUUAGCGCGUCCUGUACGUAGACAUCCCUAUUGCCGAUUUAUUCCAUACCCCUCAGAAGUAGAAGCGACACGCAUGCUCUCAAGACGCGCAUAUCAGAUACAUGUGCAGAUUCCAGAUGCUCCCAGAUUACUCAGUGACUUCGCCGUCUGUUGGCGGGAAGAACCUGUCAGCAUCCUCCGACAGUGCGAUACCAGUCCGCUACGCAAACCCUCUCCAGUCAAACAAAGGCUGCCAGCUUUGCCGGGCCGUAACCUGUUUAGGAUUUCCGUGCCCGUCUUUGGUUCUCCUGAAGAUUCUUACGGGCUAUUGCAAGAGGGGCAGAUCACCUCCCUCCCCGCGGAGACGCAUAUCGAAGCACUUUUAAAACCAUGUAGGGAAUCCGGUGAAAUUCAUAUCUGGAAUCCCCGAUAUCUCAGCGAAGCGCUCGAGAGUGAACAUGUGCUUGUCAAAUUGCGAUCGUGACAGUCCGUCAGUUAGGCUGGGAUACUCGUGAUCCCUGGAAUAUCCUCGGUAUUGAUCCUUGCUGAUGAGUCGUAUGUAGAGGCUUUAGAGGAGUGAUCUCUUGUUGCUGUCUUUGGCAUGCUGUCCGAGCACAUCAACAACGUGCUGAAUCCGAGCCCGGUGACAGACGGCGGCAGUUGCCGCGAAAUUAUCGAUAACUAGAGUUACGCUGAUGUGUCCCAAGUCGCGGAGGUGUAAGCGGCUAUCGAGUCCCAAUGGACCGAAGACGAGAGACGAUCUGAGUGAGACUGGCUGAUGAGAUAGCGCAUCAAUUUUGAACAUGAACCUGUUGCU